AUGUUAGGUUUUCAAAACUUUUGUAAUUUUUAUUUCUGUCAAUACUUUUGUAUUCAAAUCUCGCAAACAAUGUCUGGUCGCGGAAAAGGAGGUAAAGUGAAGUCGAAAGCAAAGUCGAGGUCUUCGAGAGCUGGUCUGCAGUUCCCCGUCGGACGUAUCCAUCGUCUCCUUCGCAAAGGUAACUUUGCUGAGCGCGUGGGUGCGGGCGCUCCCGUGUAUUUGGCCGCAGUGUUGGAGUACUUGGCGGCUGAGGUGCUCGAGUUGGCCGGCAAUGCCGCCCGCGAUAACAAGAAGACCCGUAUUAUUCCCCGACACUUACAACUGGCCAUUCGUAACGACGAGGAGUUGAACAAACUGUUGUCGGGUGUGACCAUCGCUCAGGGAGGCGUUCUGCCCAACAUUCAGGCCAAGACCCGUAUUAUUCCCCGACACUUACAACUGGCCAUUCGUAACGACGAGGAGUUGAACAAACUGUUGUCGGGUGUGACCAUCGCUCAGGGAGGCGUUCUGCCCAACAUUCAGGCCAAGACCCGUAUUAUUCCCCGACACUUACAACUGGCCAUUCGUAACGACGAGGAGUUGAACAAACUGUUGUCGGGUGUGACCAUCGCUCAGGGAGGCGUUCUGCCCAACAUUCAGGCCAAGACCCGUAUUAUUCCCCGACACUUACAACUGGCCAUUCGUAACGACGAGGAGUUGAACAAACUGUUGUCGGGUGUGACCAUCGCUCAGGGAGGCGUUCUGCCCAACAUUCAGGCCAAGACCCGUAUUAUUCCCCGACACUUACAACUGGCCAUUCGUAACGACGAGGAGUUGAACAAACUGUUGUCGGGUGUGACCAUCGCUCAGGGAGGCGUUCUGCCCAACAUUCAGGCCGUCCUUCUGCCCAAGAAGACCGAGAAGAAGGCAUAA